AUGACAACAAUACAAGAUGAAAAUGAAAGUAACAAUUCUUCUACAGUUGAAGAACUUACUCAAUUGAAUAAGCUGUUUGCUAAACGUUAUACUAAUGAAGAUAAAGAAUAUAUACAAAUGUCUGAACCAUGUUCUACAGGUCCACCAAUAGUUGAUGAUUGGGGUGAAGAUAGAAAGAAUUAUCAAAAUCAACGAAAUCGUUAUACAAAUAAUAAUUGCUACAAUAGAAAUAAUCAAUAUGAUCGUCAACAACAUAGAAAUUAUUCACAUGAUCGUCGUGAUCGUAGUCGUAGUCCAACAUCUUAUUAUGACAAACGUCGAUAA